AUGAGACAGUCGCACAGGUUUUGUAGGGACCUUCAGAAGCUGGAUAUAGUGUAUGAGGACUUGGUGCAGAUGGAAAGUCUGGAGAAAGUGUCGCCUGUGCAGAUUUAUCGGAUUCAAGAAUUACCAAAGUUGCUGGAAGCAUGCAGUGGCCUUUUGGUCAGGUCGUUAGCGCUGGCGCAGCGAUUCAUUGCCUGGAAUGUGCGGUCCAAUGAAUUCUUGAGUGGGUUGGACCAUAAAAUGAAGGAAUUAGAGGGCAAAAUUGAUGCUAUGUAA